UUCUCGAUCCGAAUUUUCAAUAGGAGGCUUCGGAGGUGGAUGUUUAGGGUUGUAGAGGGGUUCCGAUGUUUGGCGGCGGAGGACGGUGGUUGCGCUUCUCGGGACGAUUCAAGUUUCUUCGGACAACAUCGUUCUGCAGCGACGCCAAAAGCACGUCAAGCAAUCCAGCGAAGAAGAUGAACAGCGACAUCAUCGCCGAUGAAAGGUAUCGGCAGCUGGAGAAUCUCGACAUGACGACCGCCGCUAAGAUCCUUUUCUCUGACCCAUCAAAGAAAAAGGAGUUUGGGUUUGAUUUCCAUCUUUGGCAAUUUUUUGUUGCCUGUUUGCCUUCCUUGGCUGUAUAUUUGGUGGCGCAGUAUUCUCGUUAUAGAAUGAGAACAAUGGAGGUGGAAGUGGAGCAGAAACGGAAGCAGAAGGAAGAGGAAGAAGCAAAGGAAAAAGAAAAAGAAACGGAACUAAAUCCCCCCGAGGAAAAGGAAGCGAAAUCUGAUCCCCAGCUUUCAGAGGUGAAAGUGAGGCUUGAGAAACUUGAAGAGACUGUGAAAGAGAUUGUGGUUGAAACAAAGAAACAAUCAAGCAGCAACCUAGCCCAAAAUCAGGUAACAGAUGAUGAGAAAAAACACCUAAAUUCUUCUGCACCAAGGGGCACAAGUUUCAGUUCAGCAUCAAAUAAAGCUUUAGAGGAAGACCAUUUUGGUAAGAAUAAUUCUCCUAAGUCAAAGCCAGAAUUAGGUGAAGAGAGUAAGGGUUCCUUCGCAACUCCAAAUUCUUCUGUUCAGGACCCAAAAGGCCAGAAUCAACGUGGAGGGGCUUCUUGAGAUUCCCAAACCUGUCAACCCCCUCCUUCAUUGGAAGAAUUUUUUGAGUUAUGUUGGGAAGGAAGAUUUAAAUGAGAAAACUAUCGUUGGUGCAUCAGUUUAAUUGUUGUAGGUGGUAACUUGAAAGCAAUUCCUAGUUGGGCUUUAUGCUGCCUGCAAUCAUGUAAGGAUCCACUAAAUUAACAGAUUUUUUAUAGGCCAUGAUCAUUUUGAAGGUCUUGGGGAGUAAAAUUUGGAUGCAUCAUGCGUGAAAUCACCCUAAGGAGGGGCUGGCUUUAUUUUGACUGAAAAUCAUGGUACUCUUUAUCAGGCAGUUCACUUUGUUUCUCUCCCGUGGAUGAUAAUGAUAUAAUGUAAAUCCAAAAAGUGGUAUAUAGAGUUUUGGUUGAUAUUUUAUACUUUUCCAUUUUGUACAUGUUCUUGGAUUCAAAUGAUUAUUCCCAUGAAUGCUUUUGAAUUUACAAGUACACAGAUGACAGCAUACGUGCUUAACAUACGUCUAGGAAGAAUACUCCGAAUCUUUAAAUUCUUCCAAAUAUGUACAAAUAUACUAUUAUUAAACCAAAAAAAGUGAGUUUAUGUUAUGAUAUUCGGUGUGAACCUGUUCUUAUUUGAAGUUUAAACAUGAAAUGUGUACAACGCAUAUCUGAAGUGUUAGCUUUGUCAUU